CACAGACGUCAAUCAGAGAACAGCCAUGUCUACAUUAUGGGUCAGAUAGGAGACCAUCGGCUUUAAUCUGGUUGACUUCAGUGGAUUUAUUGUAGCGUUAUACCUCUUCACAUCCAUAUCGGGAAUAAAGCGACAUCUUUACUGCCGCCGACAGAUCGGACGCUGCUCUGCGGCUUCACCUGCGCCUUUUGUCGGCGGAAACAUCUACAGGAGGAUGUUUAUUACCAGACGAUAAAAAAAAAACAAUUGACGACGCUGGUUUGUCGAGCCUUUAAAAAAAAUAAAAAAUAAAGGUGUUUCCACAGCCCGGCUGUCAAACAUAAGAGGAUAGAUGUUUUUUCCCACUGUGGGCGGCGUUUUAGACAAAGAUCCAUCCAAAUGAUGUCAGGAAAGCAUUUCAAGGCUCAUGAAGUGAGCUGCUGCAUCAAGUAUUUCAUCUUCGGAUUCAACAUUAUAUUCUGGGUAAUUCCUCGGGUGGCGUUCCUCGGCAUUGGCUUGUGGGCAUGGAGCGAAAAGGGUGUUCUCUCCAACAUCUCGUCCAUCACAGACUUGGGAGGCUUUGACCCGGUCUGGCUCUUCUUGGUGGUGGGUGGCGUGAUGUUCAUCCUCGGAUUCGCUGGCUGCAUCGGAGCGCUGCGAGAAAACUCUUUCUUGCUCAAAUUUUUCUCCGUGUUCCUGGGUAUCAUCUUCUUCCUGGAGCUGACUGCAGGAAUCCUGGCCUUUGUCUUCAAAGAUUGGAUCAAGGACCAGCUAAAUUUUUUCAUAAACAACAACAUUCGGGCCUAUAGGGACGACAUCGAUCUGCAGAACCUGAUAGACUUCACCCAGGAAUAUUGGGAGUGUUGUGGAGCGUUCGGAGCUGACGACUGGAACUUGAACAUCUACUUCAACUGCACUGAUUCCAACCCGAGUCGUGAGAAAUGCGGCGUUCCCUUUUCCUGCUGCACCAAAGAUCCAGCGGAGGACGUCAUCAACACUCAGUGUGGCUACGACAUCCGAGCAAAAACGGACUCUGAGCAGCGGACCUUCAUCUACAUCAAAGGAUGCGUUCCUCAGUUUGAAAAGUGGCUUCAAGACAACUUAACAGUGGUGGCAGGCAUCUUUAUUGGGAUUGCAUUACUACAGAUUUUUGGCAUUUGUUUAGCGCAGAAUCUCGUGAGCGACAUUGAAGCAGUGAGAGAGAGUUGGUAG